GUACACCUUCACCAGCAGAUUCCGUGGCUAUUUCCUCUUCCAGUAUCGUCGUGUGCACAAUAUCGUAUCGUCAUCCCACAGUUAAAGUUUUCUCGCAAUCAUGGUGCCAUGGGUUUGAGUGCGUUCGGUUGAAAUAUUUUAAUUCGUAUCCUACAAACACAUGUUUUAUGUUAAACCGUGUCCAUCAUGCAGUGUAGCUCGUAUCUAGUGCUUUCCUUUGUGCUCUCUAUUCAGUUGGUGCUUGUAGUGCAUAGUGAUGGGGAAAACAUUCCGCUCGAUCCACAGGGCCACAUGCGAGGGCCUGCUACCUUUCCGAAACAGGAACCUCACAACACAACGCACGAUUCCGCAACGGAAUCAGCUACCCUUUCCGCGUACGAACUAAAGCGCCAACAAUUGCUAGAACAUCCGGACGGGUUCGACGAGGCGGAGCUGAAACCGCUGCGCGAAACACACAUCAACGUGCUACACGAAGCGAUCGAUGCGAAGCUGAUCGAUCCAAGCUUCAUCCGUACGUUGGGCGCCGUAUCCGAACCGCCGAAGGUGCACGAUACCACCCGGGAUACGCUUUCGAUACGGUCCAUCGAGGAGGACGUUAACUUUACGCACGGCGAGCGGGUAAUGCGCUGGAAGACGAUGAGUGCUAUCAACGUCGAUCGGCACGUGGUCGUGGGGCUAACGGCGGCCAGUGCGGUGGUGCUGCUGGAGCGCGACGGCCAUUACGUCCUGAGCCAGGAGCUGCUGCUCGAGUCGGCACCGAUUGCCUUCGAGGUGUUAAGCUUCUGGGACACGGAGAAUGCGUCAGCGGUCGGGUGUGUGGUCAUAUCCAUGGGCAACUUCCUCGUCUGGUACACGCUGCGCGAACAAUCGGAGUACAAGCUGGAGGAGGAAUGGCGCUGGCCGUUGCACAAAACAAUUACGCAAAUUAAAUUCUUUCGCCAGAAGGAGGUUGAUGCGCUACUGCUAAUAGGUCGGCAUCCGAACCGGCACGAGUCGGUGUCGGCCACCGUGUACGAGUUUUCCUUCAACGAUCGUCAGUUUUGGUUGAUGCAGAAGCUCGGCCUAAAGCAUCCCUGCCCAUCGGUAGGGCUAGUGGCCGCCGGGGAAGAGUAUUUGGUUGCGUUUCCGCAGAAUACGACCGUAGAGCUGUACACAUUCCGUGUCGGCGAUCAGAACCGUAGGAAGUUUAAAGCCGUUGGUAACUACAGCUCGGAAGCGCUCCGCUCGGUGUACGCCUUUCAAAUAGGACGCUACGCGUACGUUGCUAUCAGCGGCAAAACGCCGGCCGUUUUGCGCUACAAGCGGGGUAAGUUUUACGAGCAGAAGAUCCCCACCGAGGCACUGGAAAUAGUGGAAGCGUUCUUUGAGAUACCGGCCCGAACGUACCGGGACGAUAUGGUGCUGCUGGUACAGCAUCGUAUGAUUUUUGCCACGCACGAAAUACAGCGCCUGGAAUCGCUCGUGUGGAACGGUGUGUCGUUCGACCUGGCCACCAACAUACCGUGCAUGAUAGGGAACGAGGUGAUCGACAACGAGGUCAGCUGCAUGCUGGAUCUCGACCGCACGGACGGGUUGUUCGGUGCGACGAUAGCGCAGCGCGGCAAAUCCAUAUCGAUCAUUGUGCCGCGCCACGAGGCACACUCCAGUCUGUACCGCAUGUCGAUCGAGCUGCUGUCCGGGGAGCAUCCGAUUUUGAUGAAAAUUCAAGAAAUCCAGGAAACGAUGGACGCGUUCACGAAGAUAAUCGACUACCAGAACGCGGUCAUCGAGCAGGCCCAGUCGUACGUUGAGCUGAUGGAAAGCGAUCCGGUAGUGCUGAAGCGCCAGAACCUUAGCUCGGUCGAUACGCCGCUGGUGCGCUUUGCGGAGGGUUUCGAUCUGGCCGGGGUGAAAAUGACGAUCGGACAAAAUAGCUGGCGCGAGGCAGACUUGCAGGCCGAUCUGACCGCUACUGUUAAAACGGUGCAGGACGUCGAGCUGAGUGUGGAUGCAAUGCUGUCCGAGUUGCAGUACAGCGUGCGGCGGGAUGCCCGCUCGCACGAUCUUCAAAUCAACGGCACGGUACAGGUGACGGGACGGCUGUAUAUUGACGGGGCGCUGCAUGCGGACGAUAUGUACAUACAGCGCUUUGAACAGCCACGCAUGGACCAUCUCGUUCGGUUCGGUCGCGAUGUGCACGGCCAGGAGGUACCGACGAUGCAAGAGCUACACCUGAAGGAGUUGAACGUGGAGCACCUUCAGUUCGAUCGUUUCAAUGGCAUACCGGCAGAAGAGCUACUGUAUGACGUAGACAGCAAGGUGGUGCUCGAUGGGGAGCUGGUCCUCGGCGGUGAUCUCUACACAAACACCGUACUGCUUCCCGAGGGGGGCACAUUGAAUGGGAUCGAUCUAAACGAGGAGUUGAUUUACUUCAACUGUAAAAAUAGACGCUGGAGGAACCUGACACUAGAAUCGCUGGAAGUCAUCGACGAUGUGCAGGUGGCGAACAAAGUCAACGGGGCACGCAUCAAUCUGCAGGAAGCGGAAAGCGCGCUACGCAAUGCCAUAGAUGAGCAUGGGCGUGUGCUGCGGUCAAAGUCUUUGCACAUCGAGGGUGAUCUAAGCUUCGAGCGCAUCAACGGCGUCCCUUGGAAAACAUUUUACGAUGGGCUCGUUUUUAAGGAUCGACCGAUGCGGCUUGGAAUUCUUCAUGUGGAAGGGAAUGUGACUUUUGCUAGUCAAACAACGGUACAGUUCUUGAACAGAUUACGCUUCCCGGAGGAUUAUGUGCUACGAUCAGGACCGCGCGAAUCGAUCAUUACUGGCCAGAAGUAUUUCAAGGACUCGUUAACAAUGGAUGCACUCGACAUUGACGGUUUUGUGAACGGUAUCAAUCCGUUCGAUUUCAUCACACUUCACGACGAUCAGUAUAUCCCGGGCAAUGUGACAUUCGACUCACUCGAGAUUGAAGAAUCACUCGAUGUUCGCGGUGCCGUGCAUGGCAAGCAUAUGGAUAAAUUUCUCGACAAUCCAUCCCUUCUCCAAACAAAGCUGCUGGAAGCGGCCUGUGAGUUUAACGAGGUAGUCGUUAACGGACCAAUCUACGUCGAUCAGCUCGAUGGUUACGAUCUGGACCACUUCCUGCGCAGCGUUGUGUACGUAGACGAACCGUACGUGGAAAUUAACGCAUCGAAACACUAUCGCAGUCUACACUUUUACGAACCGAUCCGGAUCGAGUCGAACAUGAUUGGCGAGAUACAUCUGGACGAGCUGCUGACCAAGAGCACGGAUCAGACGAUCAACGUAAGCAUGGUGCUGGGCAACGUUUUUUUCAACCGCGUACAGGUGCACGGCCUGUUCGGUGGCAUUAACGUGACGGAGUGGGAUACGAAUUCGAUCAAAAUAUUCGGCGACCAGCACACGCAGGCGACGCUAGAGUUCUGCCCUCAGUAUUCCUUGCUGUACGCAAAGAACCUUGAGAUAGUGGGAACCCUCAAUGGUCAACCGCGAGCCGCGUUCUACGACAUGGAGGAGGAAAUCGUCUUCCGCGAUCAAUCCAUCUACAUGAGCGAACUGUACGCGAGCUACCUAUCGCUCGCGGGCAGCGAGAUCGAUGGUCCCACGAACACGUUGAACGACGUCCACCUGCCCACGUUUGAUGCGUACCGGUUCAGCUUAAGCCAACCGCAAACGAUACAGCACGAUGUGCUCGUCGACGCACUGUACGUUAGUAACGCGUUUGCUGCACGUUAUCUUAACGGCUUGGAUGUAGUACGACUGCAGGAGAAUGUGGAGACGUACCUGAACGAUGAUUACAUGCUCAGCGGUAGGCAUGUGCUCGAUACACUGCAUAUCGAUGGAAGCGUCGAGAUCGGUAUACUGAAUGGCGUUGAUAUGACGCAGUUUCUGAACAACGUCAUAUGGUUGGACCGCCCAAAUGCUGUCCAGAGUGCAUUGCACUUUUUGCAUCCCUUGCACGUAGACGGAGAUGUGUCGGUCGAUGGAGCCUUGAAUGAGAUACCUUUUGUCACCUUCUUGAGCAACGUGGUGUACAGAACGGAUGCGGCGGCGGUGGAGUUCACCGGAUCAAAGCUGUUCACACAAGGGUUCGAUGUGGCGGACGAUCUGCACACACCAACCAUCAACAAUGUGCCGGUAAAGCAUCUGGUGCUCAAAAAUGAAUCGAUCACUUUUCCCGGACACGUGCUAACGACGGGCAGAGUGUACGUGAAAGAGAUGAUUGUCAGUGGCACCAUCAACGGGAAGUCCUUCAAACCAAUCGAAGCGUACUACGCGUACGAUAACGCUACCGACACGCACAUCAUCAAGGGUGAUCUGCGUCUGCAGGGCCAGCAGACCAUUCACAGCCUAGAGGCGUACGGAGGCUGGAAUGAGCUGAUGAAUGUGACGCACAAGCUUGCAUCGCUCAUCCGCACGAACCAGGACUACUACUUCAAGGGGCACUACGUCCUGCAGGAGGAGGUUCAUUUCAAGCAUGGUUUUACCGUUGAUUACGUAAAUGGGUACAAUGUGUCGAACGUGCAGAACGAGAUCGUUUACUACGAUCAGCAGGAACCGAUCGUUUUUAGCGAACCAGUAGAAUUCUUUGGUAAUGUGUGGGGAGGACCAUUGCAUAUUGCGGGUGAUUUGAUUGGGAAAAAAUUGAUGGGCAUUGAUCCGGACACGCUUUUGCAGCAAACAUUGCUGAUAAACAAGGACUAUGAGAUUGUGGAUAAGAUAGUGUUCCUUCCGGGAGCCUUCAAAUGUGACCAUCUAGUGGCAGCUUCUAUCAAUGGUCUACCGACGAGCGGACUAAUUACCCUGCACACGGAACAAACGAUCGACCAGCCAGUUUAUGUGAAGCAAAUCGUCAUUCAGCAUCCUCUACAAGUGGAAGGUCUUGUGAAUGGGCGAGAUCUUCGCGUGGAACGAGCAAAUACCGUCAUGCGUUACGGCGAACAAACGAUCGAUGCACCGUCAGUAUUCAACUCUAUACGCGUGCUGAACAGUGCCACUCUACCCAAGAUGCUGAACGGUGUGCCGUUUGGUGAACCGGUACAGCUGACCGACGACAUGACCAUCUCGUCACCGUUAACGUUCUACAAAAUUGCCGCCAACGAUGUGUACACUAACGACACGAUCGGGGGCAUCGAUUUCGAUCACUGGUACGAGCGCGCGCUCUGGACCGAUGGGCGUGAGCAUCAAACGUACUGGGGUAGGCUACGCUCUCGUAAAUUCGUCUUCCGUGACAGCAUCCACGGCAAUGGUACUAUCAACGGGUUGCCCAUUAACGAGAUCGUACGCAAGCUACACUCCGAGAAACAGUUCGUCGAGGGUGAGCUGGCUAAACGUCGCGCCAACUAUCGCGCCUCUUGUCGCGAAACGCAAGCCCUCAUCAAUGGUACGCAGAAGGGUGUGUACUUCUUUAACUACUUCGUGCAGCGGCAAACUAUUCGCGUGCAGCAACCCAUCCAGUCGUUCUGGACGUUCCAGUACCAGGGCAACCAUUUCCUUGCGCUCAACUACGGCUGCGGUAGUAAGUUCUUCCAGUGGAAUCCACAGGACCGAGUGUUCGUGGGACUGUUCAAGACGCACACGGGAUACGUUUUUGAGUGGCAAACUGUGGCUGCGCAGGAUGAGAAGCUUUAUCUAGUAACGCGAUCGGCACCGACGGAUGAGCAGUGCAAUGUGACGGGGCUGGCGAUAUGGGAGUUCCAGGGACUUUCGCUGGAGCUGGUGAAGGCCAUGCCGGAUAAGGAUACCGAUAGCUUGUUUGUAGAUCCUUCCACUAGUGGACGGUUCUACGCCUUGGAGCGCACGACCGUGCUCGAGUAUGAUGUGACUGGUAAGGUGCAGGAAGAAUGGGACCUGUCACGAAUCUUUGAAGCAGCAAGCUUUGUACCGAGCUCACUCGGCAUUGGACUGGCUUUGGCCGAUGGGAAACGAAUUGCGGUUCUGUCUAGAGCCGAAGGCACCAUCAACUCCUCACGCACCAAACGUUCACACGAUGAUCCACUCGUAAAUCUGGCCCUGUUCGCAUCCCCCAUAACGGUGUACAAUCAAAUGCAAAGGAACAGCUCGUACUACCGCACGGAUGAUACUUCGGACGAAUACACGCAGGAGGUGUCGCUACUCACCCAACCGGAUCCGCUGAACGAAAUCGGAGCGAUACAGGAAAGCAACGAUACCGUCAUAAUAACGCGUCAAACACAAACGGACCUGAUGGAACCACUCGAACCACUACCCGAACCACGGAUAGCAAAGGUAGUACCGCUCGGACGCAUCAGCACCACGGAAAACACCCACUUCCCUGAUCCAGCCACCGGCGAACUGCUUACCUUCCACGUUGGUCUGCGGGGUGAAGCGCGCCGGCUACUAGUGGCAGUCACCGACACGGUCAACACGAUCAUCCAGGGCAACCACGACACGGUCCGCAUCUACAGCGACAUACUGCAGGGUCACCUGUUCCAGAUCAUAUCCUGCCACCGGCCGGCACAGCUUGCGGUGCUAGAAGUGCGGGACGAAACGAUACUGGCAUUUGUGGAAAAUCGCCGCAAGGUACAACUCUACACGUACCGGGGCCGCAAAGGGUUCGUACACUGGAACAGCUUCAAUCUGGCCUCACCCGGUGUGCAGAUGGCGAGUGUGCAACUACCGCAAGCACCCUUUUUCAAAUGCAACCUGCACUAUCUAGCAAUUGCGCUGAGCAGCAAGGAGCUUACGUUUCUCAAAGCCAAAACGCAGGGCGACUGUGGCAUCAAUCUGCAGCUGGAUUGCGGUACGGUGUAGCGGCGGAGGUGGUGAUUAUGUUGAGGAUGCUUAUUUUGUUUUAGCUGUCAGUUUUGUUCUGUUCUGUACAACGAAGCGAAAGUUGUAUUAGAAGAUCUUGUGAUUGUUAAUGUGUUUUUUUUUUUGUGCACGA